UACACUGCAGGAUCGAAUGGUGAUUCGUGAAAGGCUCUGGCAUCAUCCUCUCAAAUGCCACGUACACGGCGGGGGCUAAUCGGAAAGAAGAUCCUGGGAACCGCCCUUUUAUCUUUGAUAUCCUAUUUCUCAUUUCAUUCCAUUAUUAUUACUACUCGUUAAUGUACGUUUAAAAAUUCUAUCUUUCUCGAAACGUUUAAUUUCUUAUUUACCAUUUCCAAGAAUCUCAACACACGGAAUGUAGAAUAGGUUUAUGCUUUUUCCAUGACUUUGUUGCAAGAUUGCACUUGAUACCCUUAAAGUAAAUGGAAAAAGAAAAACAUGAUGAAAUCCUUGAAAAGAAUGAAACAGAAGGAAGAAAGAACAGCGUCGGAGGUGUAGAUUUGCGGGCGCAACAUUCACCAGGUCGAGCAGGGAGGAAGGCACCUGGUGGGGAGGGCCUUCUGGUUACCAAGGGGACUCUCGUCCUGACUCCUGGUUACACGAACAAGGAGGAAGAGGAGGGAUAUGAACGAUUACGCAACAAUGCACCGCCACCUGCACUCGUUUCGUCACCGCAGCUUUAACCAACUCGAUAGUAGUUGGUCGGUUCGCAUUACUUUCGCCAAUUAAGUCUGUGGACGGUCGCUGUUGUUCAACUUAAAUAUGAAAUUCCAGCAUUAUUCGAAAUUCCAGAUCUAUAAAUCUAUGAAUGACUUCAAAAAAUCUGAGGAAAUUGACGUAGAUCUGACGGUCCAGAUCCGGAUCUUAUGUAUAUCCUGUAUCGGACUUCAUAAAACAAUAAUAUAAAAUCUAAGCUCAAAAACUCAUUGUAUGUAAACUGAAAAAAAAAAAAAAAAAAUGAAAUGAAUAAUGUAACUUCAAACUUGACCGAAUUCACGUGAUACCCUUCAUGUGAAAAAUGUAUUAAUUUAUUCAUUGAAUUAUGACAUCGAUUAUUCGGAUUAAAUAUGCUAUUCCAAUUAUUAAUGACGAAAAGAAUAUACAGUCUGAAGGUACAGAAAAUGAAAUUUUGAUAAAUAUCGAUUGUCCUCUUCAAUUGAUAUUGAAUUAUAUUCGAAAUGUAGUAGGACUAGAUGAUACAACUGAGAUUGAUUUAUGUGAUGAGAUUAAUUGUCAAUUAAGAAAGGUUUCCUUCUUUGAACCUCGUACACCUGGUUUCAAUGUCUUCCAAGCAGAUUUAAUAUAUUUGAUAGUUACAUAUGAACGAGAUGUAAAUGGUCAAAUGAUAAAUCUUGUACCACUUCUUAGUGGAAAGGCAGCAAAGAGAUGUUCUGAUAUCCUAUCGAAGUCUCAUACUUUAGUUAAAAAGAAUUCAUUAUCUAAAUCUUCCAUUAAAAAAGACAAUAAUACAGUAAAGUAA